AUAAACAAACGUUCGAGCAAACGAUCAAUGACUUGUUUUUAGAUAUAAAUGUUACACCUACAGACGACGUAACAUGGACGAAGAAGUACCGAACAACUUCAAUCAACGAGCAAGAUAACAAUAUUACUAAAAUAAUAACCAAGCAUGUAAGUGAUCAAAAAAAUGAAAGGACAUGUAAUUCUCAGUCUCAAAAUAAUAAUGAUAAGCCGUUAACCGAGAAAGCGAAGGGAAAUUCUAUCCAAAUUGCAGAUAAAAAUUCGCGUGAUCAGAAAUUAUCGAACUGGUUAAGGGCUAAAGUUUUACAAAGAAAAAGUGAAGAGGAAAUGAGACGAUAUAAAAAUGAAGAACAACAACAUCUGAAUGUUGUGCAUUCCAGAGAGGCAUGUGAGCAAGCGUUUACACAGUAAGUUCGCAUGAUUGUUAGACUAUCUAAUUUGUGGUGAAUGAAUGUAAUCUAUAAUCAUUUAGAUUUGUGAAGUGUUGUAUUCUAGGACCUGCUAACUAUGUCGCGUGUUUAGAUCGCCCAGUUAAAACACGGACUCCUAUGACCUUGAUACUAUACCAGACCAAUGCCGGAUUAAGCGGUACGAGCAACUUACGGUCAACUCUGAAUCAAGAUUGGUUCUUCCGCCUAGACCUGCCAGAACACAGCUUCUACUAUAUGAAUCGCGUAUUUCAGACAUACGCAGUUUAAAUGCAAGCAAAUCAGGCCGCAUCAUACCAUGAAGUAGAAAACAACAAUUAUACAAAAUCUG